GAAACUGAAGUUUUAGAUAUUCAACUUCGAUGCACCGAAAACGCGAUGAAAACGCGCCGAAAAGAUCAAGUGGAUCCAGUGCAGCCCGAACACGCUGAAGAGCAGCGGCUCGUUCUUUUGCAGUUUAGCUCCAAAACAAGCGACUGUUUGAAUGUCUUUAGCUUGUGCAGGUAAUGACCUCGACGUAUGACAGAUCUAAGGUGCUUGAAGUAAAGAACUUCAAGUUUUGGCCUGGAUGGCAUUUUCAAUCAUUUUCAGCAUAGAGUUUUUGGGUGUCACUCAUGAUUGGAACUACUACAACUUUUUGGAAUUAGGUGUCCUCCAACUCCAACUUCAACUUCAGAGUGAACCUCCCUCCAGGCAGAGUGGGGCGAAAAGACUUUCUGCCAUCCAAAAUGCUGCAGCUCUUUGAAACAAUGAAUGGGAGUUCCCAGAGAAUUGAAUGAACAGCCACGCUCAACCUUCGUCAUUGGCCUGCACUUCAAUUUGAGGGCAACCCAUGACACUUCCAGAAUCACUGAAUGACAGCAAAAUGAUGAGACUCUCCUAGCAAAUGUUUGUGAUAGUGAUCGUCUAUACAUUUUCUGACGCCCUCAACAAGAAUUUCUGAAGUCCAGCCUGUGGCGGGUGGGGUAAACUGCUUGCAUUCACACUGAGUUCCACUCUGGCGUCUCCACCUGCUGGUCCUGCUUGUGUGGCGAUUGGCUCGAGUCCGCUUGAUGCUCUUUUAAAGGCAGCGCCAUGGAGGUGUAAGGCGUUGCGCCUGGGAACGCGCCCGCAAGCGCGGUCGGCGGUUGGCGCCCGCGCAGCUGCCAGUGCAGGUCCAGUGAGGGGGCAUUCACCAUGCCAAUGACGGCUCCAGGGAUGGCACCCUCCAUGCCGGGAGCUCCGAUGCUGGUGCCGGUGCCAGCUGGACACCCUCUUCCGGCCACUUUGCCAUCCCUGCCUCCGCUGGGUGCCCCUGGCUUGCCUGGCAUGAUGACAAUGCCACCUCCCACGUCUGGAGCAACUGUGUCGAUCGCCAUUGACCACUUGCCCUUUCGCUAUCAGCUUUCGGAGGCUGAUUUGAAAGAGACCUUUCAGCGAUGGGGUACGGUGCAGUCGGUGCAGGUGGUGCGGGAUGGUGGCAAUGACGUUGGCUGUGUACAGUUUGCAGACCCGGUUGAUGCGCAGGAUGCGCAAAAGCAACUCACGGGGCAAAGCUGCACCUUCGACGGGCGCCAGGGCACCCUGGUGCUGGUCAUGGGGAGCCCUUUUCAACUGCAGAACAGACAAGUGCCCGGCCAAGCAGGUCCUGGACCUGUGGCUGCGCCCUUGUCAGCUCCUAGCGCUUGUGGGCCAGGUGCGCCGAAGAACGGCAGCCCGGUCAAGGGUGAUGGCAAGGGGAUCGCGCCGGUCAAUGGCCAUGUUCGACCCACAUGGUGUUGUAAGAUCGUGGUGGAGGCAGAAUCACUGCAUCCCAAGUUUCCUACGGCACAGAGAAUCCGAGGAGAUGGUGAUGCAAAUUUGGAGCACAUAAGGACACAGACGAAGUGCCACGUGCAGCUGCGGGGCCGCAACUCGGGGACCCCGGAGCCUGAGACCGGUCAGGAGUUGCCAGAGCAGAUGUUCUUGUGGCUCACAAGUGAUAGUGCGGAGAACGGCAAAGCAUCACUGGAGACGACCAUGGACCUGCUGAAGAGCAUCUAUGAAGGUCAUCAGCAGUGGUGUGAGACGAAUGGCAUUGGUGUUAAGGAUGUCAAAGCGCGGGUCAUUGAGAACCCAGAGAUCCUGCCAGGCUCCCUCGCAGCCGGCGCUUCAAUGGGACAGGUGGUCCCACCACCUCCAAACAGCUUUGGCCCGUGCAAAGGGUCGCCGCCCGGCAAGGGGCCAGGACCAUACUAGCUGAGCCGAGAGCGGCAAUGAUCCGUGUAAAGCCGAGCCAAAAGAGAAAGCCUAGAA